AUGGUAGAAAGUGGAAAAGAAGAGGAGAUAGAGAUAGGCAAUCCAACGGACGUAAAACAUGUUGCCCAUAUUGGUUGGGAUGGUCCAUCCGCUACUCCUGCCUCCGCCCCAAGCUGGAUGAACGAGUUCAAAAAUGGAGGUGGGUUCGAAUCUGGACAAGGAGGCGGAGAAGAUGAUUCCUCCGCGAAAUGUAUGUCUGAAUGUGGCGGUCGGACCAGAGAUUUACCAAAAUUACCAAAAUCUUCGAGAAAAGCGGCUUCCGAGAAAGGUUCUCCAACAAAGGAAAUUUCAUCGGACAAAACUAAACGCCGGUCUUCGAGAAAAGGAACAACAUCAUCGUCAAGAAGAGCAAAGGAAGGGUCCGAACUAAGGGAGCUUUCUUCAUUACAGGAUGUUCCGAAGAAGUCGAGGAGGAAAAAGAAGACGAAAGAAACUGGAGGAUCAACUAGAUCGAUAAGAAGAUCAGACGUGGAUAACAUGUCGGAUUAUAUGUCUGAGACUGGUUCUGUAAGAUCUAUGCCUCAAUUCGACAGAAGAGAUGACUUUUGA